AUGGAAAUUCCUCGAACCACCGAGGCAUUGACAAAACUUCUACGGUCGAAAGAGAUUUCUACGCGGGAAAUCUGCGAAGUUGUGUCGCAACUUGAUCAAUUGCAUCUGUACUUCCCUAAUAAGGAGAAUUUCAUCUUAGAGCUCAUAGUAGACAGGUGGAAUGAUCAAAAACUGAGCGGGUACAAGAAAGAUCACAGAAUAUGGAAACUGUUCAACGAGCUGUGGAUGGCGCUGGGAGAUGAAGUGAUACUAAAGAGACUAUUGAAGAAGUUAAGAUUCGUUCCUCAUCUGAUACAAACGUUGCAGAUAGUUGACUCGGAAUUUCUUGUGUUUUUGCAAACUUUAAAGCAUACCUGCUCGCUGAUAAAUUCUCUGACAACGGUAGAGGUAUCGCUAGAUAAUGCUAAUGUGAUAAUAGGCGGAGCACUCGAACUGUUGUUGAAAAUACCACCGUCUGAGCGGGAUGCGGAAGCCGCGUUCGAAUUCAUGAAUGAGAUUGAAACUCUGGUAGACGUGCGAAAUAUGGCGGAAGUCUUUGCGAGGUCCACGGCAAGUUAUUGCAGCCAGCUGCUUCUACCGUCGCUCAAAUACUUCGCAGAGUUUAAGGACAGUAACGAUCCCAUAGCGGCGCUCUUGACUGAGCGGCUGGGAUCUUUUGUGUUUGGUAGAUCGGUUGACACGGUUAAACUGCUGGAUAGGUUUGUUCAAAGCAAAAGCACUGAACUGAGCUCACAGAACUGCUCCGCGUUAUUCAGCAAAUGCAUUUUGUUCCUCUCGAAGGAGCACUUCAAAGAACUGGAGAAGAUAUUCUCAAUAUUGAUCCGCAUUCAUCCUGAAUUGUGUUCCGAACUACUCGGAGAGCUUUCUCUUUCCAAGAAGACGAUGUCUCAAGGCUUUUUACAGGGCCUUUUUGAAGAUAGCAUAAGUGCUAUCCAAAGGGAUACCACCAACCUCGAGCUUUGGCAGCUUAUCUAUUAUAUCUUGACACUUGAUAUUGAAAUUGGUAUCAAAAAUAGUGAGCAGAUACUUGCUCUCAUAAGCAAGGGAAGAGACCAAUGCAUUGACUGGUCAAUAAAAUUAUGGUCGCAGUUGAUCAAAUGCCACCGGAAUGCAAGAGAGCUGCCACAAUUUUUCGAUAAACUGGAGUCAUAUUGCCAACAGAACUCUGACUCAGCUUUCCUAAUAAAUGACGAUAAAUUUGCAGAGUUUUUAUCAGAUUGUCUAACCACGUUUUCGGCAACGCAACUCAAGAAUGAGUUAUCCGAGUAUCUGGACGUCCUUCAGAACAGCCCAGCAAAUAAACUCAACGCUCAGCUGCUGAUUGUGCUGCUGAAGGGUUUGCCAAAACUUGCUUAUGCAACUCUGGCCGAUUACAGGAUAUUACUGAAAAGAGUUUUCGAUCUCAAGCUCGACGAUCAAAAGCUAUGUUGGACAGCUAGAUAUCUCGUCAUGGGUGUGUUUGACGAUAUAAUACCUGAAGAGAUUCUGGACUCACCCGAAAAGCUGAUGGAAACGUCAAACCUGAGUUGCAAAAGCCCGAUAGAAUUGUUUUACUACUUACUCAAGCUUAGGGAAUACAGGGCAUUCGAUAUGCUACCGGUCAUAGAUCCAUUUAUGAAAAAGAUCUCGUCACUGCCUGUUGAAGAGCAAUCUGGCGUGCUGCGGAUUGUUUUCAACAAUUGGAGCACGAUCAUAAGCUCAUUGUUUCCACAAUCUGAAGUAAAACGUCUUGUGGAUAUGGUUUUCACCGAAGAUAGAAUUUUCAUUCUCGAUGACAUUUUGAACAAUGACGAUGUUUUCGAAGAGCAAGGAAUUAUGCAUUUCAUCAUUAGAUCCGUAUCACAGUCAUAUGAAGAUCAAUCCACUCUCAGGUUUCUACUUAAAGUUCCCAUACAAUGUAUUACCAAAUCCAUAAGAAUUGAUCUCAUCAACAAAAUUAGCCAAAAGGCAGAUAUAACUGAGACAGACAUGCAGGUAUUAGUCCAUUUGUUGAAGAAUGCUACAUUUAGAUCCGACAUUGAAAAAGAUUGGUACGCUUUGCAGAGUUUCAUGGUGGCAAAGAUGAAGGACCUCACAUAUCAAAAUUCAGUAUUUGAGACCGUAUGGCUGAAUCACUUGGCGCAGAUAAAAGAAAGCGUAAGCGAGGCAUUCAUACAGCGUGGUAUCGAAUCUUUGUACGACCAGCUUCGAACUGAGGAGUGUGAUCCUGCGUGCUUCCAAAUAGCAUUUUUAGUUCUGAAAUCGACUACCAGUGAUGAGAGCCAACGGUUACGAAGCAUCUAUGUCGAGAAAGCUGUAAAGCUUUUUAUGGAUGGUACCAUCAAUAAGGAUCUUAAGAUGACGUCGUGGCUAUUGCGGACCUUAUACCAGAUUUUCAAAGCACAAGGUUUGCAUUAUUGUCAAGAGAUACCAUACAAGGAGGCGUUAUCCAGGUUCAUCAAAAGCAGAUUUACCGGUAUACAAAAGACGGACAACGAUUUACUAAUUAGCAUGUUUCUGCUGUACUCAAUUCUCUAUUCGACUGAACUGGAGUACCUAUAUGCCCAAUAUAUGGUUUUACGUGGCGCUGGCAUCGAGGCUACUCUUUUAACAGCUGGUAUUGAAACUGCCGUCCGAUUAUCGCAGGAACAAGAUGUGAAGACCUUUAACCGCGCAUUCGCUAGCACUUUUGAGUCUUUUGAAAGUUGCCCUCCAGAUUUUGCCAACGCUCUAUUGGAGCUGUAUCAGUUGCAGAUCAAACUUCUGGAUAAGGGCAACAACGCAGCAGGAAAACUCUUUUUGAGAUCAGUAUCAGACUUCUAUACCCAUUGCUCAAAAUUUGAUCCAUUGGUUGAAUCGAUUUCGAAGAUAAUGAAUUGCAUCGGUGAGCUACUGAUAUCGAAAGCAUGGCUCUUUUCACAAUAUUGUAUUGAAAUGCUGUUUCCCUUGUGUUUACGGCUAAAUUUGAUCUUCGUGGAUUCUACUGUUGAUGGCUACAGCGAUCAGAUAUUUAUCACCACAAUGAAAGUUAUAUCAAACGUUCUGUUCACACAACGAAUCAAGUUGUCAAAUCGUCAUCAUAUCGUAAUUGCCUUCCUGUGCGAGAACCUGGAGCUGCUUUCUGCCUAUAAAGAUACUAAGCUGACAUUUGAAUCCGCCAAAUCACUUGCCAGGUUGAUCAUCAACCUCUGUGAACCAAAUAGCUCUUUGGUGAAGCAGGCUAGUGGCAGAAAUAUACUAAACUCGAGAACCAGUGAGAUUAAAAGUUCUCUACGUAAGCACGUUCCAGCUCUGCUUAUCAGAUAUAUUCAUCUAUCAGUCCACUCCCCAUUUGAUCCACGCGCGAGAAGUCAAUUAACCACCGCCAUCUAUUCCAUCUUCGAUUUACUGUCACAAGACGGAUUAAGUCUGGUCAACUCAGCUUUAGAUCACGCCGGAAGACAAUAUCUGAGGGGCCUUUACGCUGAUUAUAAAAAGUAUGGGAAAUGGCUCGCAGACUAG